UAGACCUAUAGACUGGUUCAUAUACCUUAAGACAAAUAAAAGCUUCCACAAACAAUUUUGAUGCCUGCUAAUAAGAUUGGAGAGGGUGGUUUUGGUUCUAUUUACAAGGGACUUUUUUCAGACGGCACUCUAAUUGCUGUGAAGCAGCUUUCCUCCAAAUCGAAGCAAGGAAACCGUGAAUUUGUGAAUGAAAUAGGCAUGAUUUCUGCAUUGCAGCACCCUCAUCUUGUAAAGCUCUUUGGGUGUUGUAUUGAAGGAAAUCAAUUGUUGCUAGUAUAUGAGUAUAUGGAAAAUAACAGUUUUGCUCGUGCUUUGUUUGGCCUAAAAGAAUGCCAGUUGAAAUUGGAUUGGCUAUCUAGGCAAAAGAUCUGCAUUAGUAUAGCUAGAGGUUUGGCAUAUCUCCAUGAAGAAUCAAGACUGAAGAUUGUCCAUAGAGAUAUCAAGGCCACCAACGUGCUGCUUGAUAAGGAUCCUAAGAUAUCUGAUUUUGGUUUGGCCAAACUUGAUAAAGAGGACAAUACCUACAUAAGCAUUCGGAUUGCUGGAACUUAUGACUACAUGGCACCUAAAUAUGCAAUACGGGGUUACCUGCCUGACAAAACAGAUAUUUAUAGUUUUGGAAUUGUCGUGUUGGAAAUUGUUAGUGGGAGGAGUAACACCAGCUACAGUUGA